AUGGUCCCAGAGAGCCUCGGAGCGGCGGAGGGGACGCAGAGAGCGGGAAUUCCCAGACUCCAGCUCUUUCCUCGCCUGCAGCCGUGGGACACCGCAGGCCAGACCCACACCGGCUCCGUGGGGAGCAGCCCAGCUCAGGCACGGGAAAGCGCCAGAGCCGCGGAGCCGGCGGACGCGAGCGACAUCAUCCGCGGGCUGAUCCGGGAGCUCUCGGACCUCAACCGCCUGGCCAUGGGCGCCCGCCGGGGACUGGAGCUGCUCCGGAGGCCGAAGCCGCGGCGCGGCCGGAGGGCAGUGCCUGGUGGGAGCCACUGGAAGGAAGGGUAGGGACGUCAGGAAUAACCAUUUAUUGAUGGGAACAACGGGAAUAAACCUCCCUUGGUCUGGAGAACGGCUCCAGCGCUGAGUGCCGCGCUCUUCCCGCCGUCACGGGUGAACAAAUCCCAAAAACCCACCCAAAACAGCUCCAGAGAUGGGAUAAAGGCUCCAACACCUGGAGCACCAGCCCCCUCCAGUCCCUUUCUGGCCUGGGAUUAACCAAAACUCAACUCAGAACAUCCAUAACGGGUCCAGCAUGGAGCACCGGGCCCUUCCCAGUCUGGGAUUAACCCAGGUUUAACAAUCUGACCCAGAACAUCCAUAACAGCUCCAGCAGCAGGAGCAUCGACCCCCUCCCAGUCCUUUUCUGGCCUGGGAUUAACCCAGGUUUAACAAUCUGACCCAGAACAUCCAUAACAGCUCCAGCAGCAGGAGCAUCGACCCCUUCCCAGCCUGGGAUUAACCCAGGUUUAACAAUCUCAUUAACCAGAGUUUAACAGCUCCAAAGCAGGAGCACCGGGCCCUUCCCAGCCUGGGAUUAACCCAGGUUUAACAAUCUCAUUAACCAGAGUUUAACAGCUCCAGCAGCAGGAGCAUCGACCCCCUCCCAGUCCCUUCCCAGGCUGGGAUUAACCAAAACUCGACUCAGAACAUCCAUAACAGCCCCACCAUGGAGCACCGGGCCCUUCCCAGUCUGGGAUUAACCCAGGUUUAACAAUCUGACCCAGAACAUCCAUAACAGCUCCAGCAGCAGGAGCAUCGACCCCCUCCCAGUCCUUUUCUGGCCUGGGAUUAACCCAGGUUUAACAAUCUGACCCAGAACAUCCAUAACAGCUCCAGCAGCAGGAGCAUCGACCCCUUCCCAGCCUGGGAUUAACCCAGGUUUAACAAUCUCAUUAACCAGAGUUUAACAGCUCCAGCAUGGAGCACUGGGCAUUCCCAGCCUGGGAUUAACCCAGGUUUAACAAUCUGAUUAACCAGAGUUUAACAGCUCCAGCAGCAGGAGCAUCGACCCCCUCCCAGUCCCUUUCUGGCCUGGGAUUAACCAAAACUCAACUCAGAACAUCCAUAACAGCUCCAGCAUGGAGCACUGGGCAUUCCCAGCCUGGGAUUAACCCAGGUUUAACAAUCUGAUUAACCAGAGUUUAACAGCUCCAGCAGCAGGAGCAUCGACCCCCUCCCAGUCCUUUUCUGGCCUGGGAUUAACCCAGGUUUAACAAUCUGACCCAGAACAUCCAUAACAGCUCCAGCAUGGAGCACUGGGCAUUCCCAGCCUGGGAUUAACCCAGGUUUAACCAUCUGAUUAACCAGAGUUUAACAGCUCCAGCAGCAGGAGCAUCAACCCCCUCCCAGUCCCUUCCCAGCCUGGGAUUAACCAAAACUCAACUCAGAACAUCCAUAACGGGUCCAGCAUGGAGCACUGGGCAUUCCCAGCCUGGGAUUAACCCAGGUUUAACAAUCUGAUUAACCAGAGUUUAACAGCUCCAGCAGCAGGAGCAUGAACCCCCUCCCAGUCCCUUUCUGGCCUGGGAUUAACCAAAACUCAACUCAGAACAUCCAUAAAAGCCCCAGCACAUGGAGCACCGGGCCCUUCCCGGCCUGGGAUUAACCCAGGUUUAACAAUCUGACCCAGAACAUCCAUAACAGCCCCAGCACAUGGAGCACCGGGCCCUUCCCAACCUGGGAUUAACCCAGGUUUAACAAUCUCAUUAACCAGAGUUUAACAGCUCCAGCACCAGGAGCAUCGACCCCCUUCCCAGUCCCUUUCU